CAGCAAGCAAUCCAGCAUAAAAACAAGCAUCGUGUGCCACUGGCUUUAGAGUGAGAAAACAUAUACUUGUCUCACAGUGCAGCUGAAAAGAACAGACUGUAGGCUUACUAUUCUACACCGAAAAAGGACUCAAUUAACACCCAUCAGUGUACAAUCGAGUAUACACAAUCAUAUUAAUUACAAUUGAAAGUAAUAAAGAGUUGUAAGACACCGAAUUUUCCAUAACAAACGUGUCCUUUAAACGUGUGUCAUUAAUAAAAUAAAAUGCCGAAAAAAAAAACUGGUCAACGGAGGAAAGCUGAAAAGCAAAAACUUCGACAGAAAGAGAUUAGAACUGCUAAGGAACAAUUAGACUUAGCAAAAUAUCCUUGCAAUUCAGUCAUGGAAUGUGAUAAAUGUGGCAAGAAGCAAAAAAGCCGUGCCUUCUGUUACUUUUGUCAAAAUUUACAAAGAUUACCCAUAUGUGCACAUUGUGGCAAAAUUAAGUGUAUGUUAAAAACAGGAGAUUGUGUAAUACGUCAUCCUGGUGUCUUCACAACAGGACUAGGAAUGGUGGGAGCCAUAUGCGAUUAUUGUGAAGCCUGGGUUUGUCAUGGAAGACGUUGCCUCACCACCCAUGCUUGUACUUGCCCACUGGUAGAUGCUAUUUGUCAAGAAUGUGAACGAGGAGUUUGGGAUCAUGGGGGAAGAAUAUUUCGUUGCUCAUUUUGUAAUUGCUUCUUGUGUGAAGAUGAUCAAUUUGAACAUCAAGCAUCCUGCCAAGUAUUAGAGGCUGAAAAUUUUAAAUGUCAGUCGUGUAACCGUUUAGGACAAUAUUCUUGUCUUAGGUGUAAAACAUGCUAUUGUGAAGAUCAUGUUCGUAGAAAAGGUUUUAAAUAUGAAAAAAAUAAACCUAUUCCUUGUCCAAAGUGCAGUUUUGAGACAUCACAGACUAAGGAUCUAAGCAUGUCUACGAGAAGUCACAAGUUUGGAAGGCAAAAUCAAGGUGAUCCAUCUGAGUCUGAUGACGAAAAUGAAUAUAAUUCUUAUAGAAAUCAAGAAUCUUGUUAUGGAACCAGUACUUAUACUAAUGAUGACGAUGACAAAGACGAUGACGAUUACGACAACGACGACUACGACGAUGACGACGACGACGACGACGACGACGACGACGACGACGACGAUGAUGAUGAUGAUGAUGAUGAUGAUGAUAAUAAUAAUAAUAAUGAUAAUGACGACGACGGCAAAGAAGAUGGAGAGGAUGACGAGUCAUGGAGUGUGGAAAAAGGCAAAAAACAUACUAGUGCGCAACAAACUUUAAACAGUAACAAAAGUAAAGUUUAACGUAUAUUUAAAAAUAUGUAAAAUGACAAGAAUUGAAAAUAAAAUAUUACUGUCAGAAAAAGUUCGGAAACGCAUACAUGGAGAGUAUCUAGGAAGAGAUAUAUUCGGGAAAAAAAGAUAACUCAAAAUAUUUGGUAAAGGAUAUUAUUGGUAAGGAAUUUAGUAAACUUAAUUUAAUUUUCUAUAUAUUUUUUAAUUUUCUAUAAUUUUCUAUAUAUUUAAUAUGCAUAUAUUCAUAAAUUUGUGAAUAAGUUUAAUUAAUAAUAUCUUUCUUAAGACUUUUGGAUAUUUGUCGCGAUCAUGUUGGGUUAUGAUAGCAAAAAUAAAAAAAUGUUUCAUUGAAAAUUCUAUGCCAAUCUAGAAUAAAACACUUUGAAUAAAAAACAUGAAAUCACUUGAGCAUACUUAUAAAAUGCUCCAAAAACUAUCCUUUUUCCUUAGCAGUCAAUAAAUAUUUAAAAUUAAUGUGGCAAAAUCAUGAGAAAAGAUAAGUUAAAGAAGAAUUUCACGUUAAUUUUACAACUAUUCAAAGUAAAAUAAGUUUUCAGUGCAUUUCCCAAGUCUGCCCAAACAAUUUCAAGUGUUCUUCCAUACGAAUCUUUUAACUUGAAAAUGAUACACAAGAAUCUUGGGUAUUUUCUCAAUCAAGUUUCAUGGAAAGGAACUAGGAGUUUUAAAAAAUUAUAAAUAUGGAAUUCAGUUGACACUAAAUUAUUUUACACAGCUUAAAAUAAAAAACAAGAUCAUAUACAAGCAAUCAAAAUCAUACAUGUGCAUCUAAAUAUAACAUUAUACACGCAAUGUUGUAUAUUCAGAUGGGAAUGCAAAAGUAUGAGAACCAAGAGCAUUAACACUAGGUAACAGUCCAGCAUUUGGUAUAAUGUUCCAAGAUAAUGUUAAUGUGACAUUCUUAUUUCCCCUGUAAGAACAAAACAUGAUAGAUUUAGUAUUUAUGGUUUGAUAUAUGUAAAUAUAUAUAUAAUAGAAAUCUUCCAGUAUAUAUAAUA